UGACCGGAAUGCCUUGGCCCUGCCCAUCUUUUGUGGUCAGUAUAUAAGCGCGGACGCCUAGACCCAGUUCGGUUCUGGGCGUUCGCAUCGUCCGCGCGUGUCGCCCCGCCUCCCAGAUUUGGCAUUCUACACUGAAGUCAUCAUGAACAUUUUCCAACUCCUGAGGAAAAAGAAGGAACUUAUUCCUUUGGUGCUGAUCAUGACCACAGCAGCGGCUGGAGCUUCGUCUUUUGCUGUAUAUUCCCUUCAGAAAACUGAUGUGAUCAUUGAUCGGAAAAGAAAUCCAGAACCUUGGGAAACUGUGGACCCUAAUGUUCCUAGAAAGCUUCUAACAAUCAACCAGCAGUGGAAACCCAUUGAAGAAUUGCAGAAAGCCCGAAGGGCCACCAAGUGACCAGCCCUUGCUUCUUUCUUCCAAAGAAUACUCAAUGAAUCUAGUGGAAACAUUGCUGCACAAACUAGAUGAUGGAUACCAGUGUGUGGAAAUGCUUCUGCUACAUUUUUAGGGCUUGACUACAUUUGGGGGCUCUGGAUAGGACUUACAAAGGUAGUGUAGCAAUAACCACAUAGUUCAAAAAUAAGUUUUUGUUUAUUUUCUUGUAAAUUUAAUUGUACACAUUGAAAUUUUUAUGUUUACGAUGCCUGAAUGUUUUCCUUAAAGUGUAUAAAGAUUUGUAAACUAAAUUGUUUAUAAUAAAAUACUACUUGUGCGAGAUUUC